GUAGACGUGGCUAGAGACAGCAGUGUGGGAAUACCAAACAUAGAACAGAGAACGGGUGUUGUUACAAGUUAGAAAUUAAGAAUCUGCAGAAGUGGAAAGUAAACAGUUUUAACUCUCAGGCAAGUUGGCACUGACUUAGACGGCUAACCCAGGACAUCAACAAAACCAGCACACAUCACGGCAGAGAACAGUGGUACUCAUCGACAUACAGAAAAGACGGACACCGGGAUACGUCGUUACAAGAACGAUUCUUCCCUCAACCCUACGACACAGAGUGGUCAUACUGAGCACACGCAUUCUAACAUUCACAGAAAAACCUCAAUUCCAACUUUUGGUACAGACGUUCUUGAUCUUUGUUCUCAGCAUGACCUAUUUAGUUACCUGAAAAAAAAAAACCAAUAAGGUCUGACCAUUGAAUCAUUAUAGACAAUUAUGCAUAUUAGGUUUACUUAUUAUGGUUAAAUGAUUACGACCCUGCUGUGUUUAUACCUAGCUAGUGUGUCGGGGUAAUUAGAAAGUGAGUCGAUGGUAUGUUAACAAGAUGUCGCUCUAUAUAUCAAGAAUCUAAAGAGUGUCCAGAUUAUCAAGCACACGCUACUUGUUUUACACAACACAUUCAUUGGAAAACCUUUUGUGUACUAUAUCCUCGGAUGUGACAGCAGCUUCUGGUGACACCAUUAUCAAAUGGACUAGUAAACACGUAUUAAUCCUACGUCAUUUCGCUGGGAAAUAAAUCGGAAACCUUUUUUUCGCGUCUUAAGUUGAAAUUACACAGCGGAAAUACGUUAUAUGUAAAAGCUUUGUGGGUGAUGAGAUAAAUUGCAGUCCUAUUGAAGGGUAUUAGACGGACAUUAGUGUACAACUUUGGGGAAUCUGUGUCAAGAACUGCAAUUUAUAGCGUGUUAUACCGAGAGACUCUUACUUACUUUCAAACGCAUUUGAUGGAAUUCCUGAUGAUCAGAUCGAUAACGAGGUCAUUCUGACGGAUUUCACAGUUUGAAAAUACCACUCGUUUACAGUAUGCGUGUAGUUCGCGUGACUGUCUUAAUUCUUUAACAUACAACAUUUGCAAUGGACAUUGUACGGAACCUCAGAAAAAUCUGUGAUCCUGACGAUAUUCGGUCGUUAUAUAUCAGAUAAAGACAGUAAAGAGACAAUAAAAAUAUGGGAUCAUUGUUAUGUCUAACAUGAAGCUAUAAAUAAACCCGGAAUAAAGUAGGACUCUUCUGUAAGUGAGUGGUGCCAAGGGUCAUCAAUGAGAAGAAGUGAAAACGAGCACACGUCUAUGUGGGCUUCAUUUACACAUACAUCAACAGGACAAUAUAAACAUUAGACAAAUUAGCAGGUAAAUUCCCAAUAAUCGAUCGUGGAAUUAUACAGGAAGGACGUGCUUGCAUAUUUGAUUUCACAAAACGGAUACGCUCCCAGAAGAGAAUGGAUUGUUUGGCGUCAUAGCGUCAAGGCUACUGAACUGACUGGCUCAUUUCAGGGAACUUAUAUUUUAUCAUAUAGACUAUCAUCAAUCGAUCAGAUAGUAGAUUGAUUAUAGGUGAGGAGUUAGUUAAAGACACCAUUAGUCCAGUUGCAAAUUACAACAUACUUAUUAAGUAUGUUCUAGAUAGUACCAUAUUAAAUCUAGGGUUUUCACUAAAUGAAACUCAUUUUUGCGGAUGUUUAUAGUGGAUUGUGCUUUAAUUACAAACAUAUUUAAUGUAAUUUCUUACCUUUAUUCUGCUAAAUUCUGAAAGAAAACCAGAUCUCAUCAGCUGGUCGGUGACUUGUAUAGCCGGAUUACUGAAGUAGCGUGUUCAAGUUGAACGGCAGAAUAACGACUUCGCCCAGGACACCAGACAGUACAUAUAUAUAUGUGUGUGUACAUGCAUUACAUGGUAUUUUAAGAUAUUGAAGUUUAGCUUGGAAAAUACGUGUCAUCAACAAUCGACUAUAACAGACUUGUCUGCAAAACAUGAUAUGUAACAAUAACAACAGUGAGUUUCCAACACAAACAUUUGGCGUUCCAUAUUGAUAUAUUCUAGAUAAUUUAUUUCCGUUGAAUUUUGUGGUCUCUUGUGGUAACUUCGAUAGACACAACAAAAUGGCAAACAAUUUCAGCAACUUUUCAUUCCCACCGAAUACAAAUUGGGAAGGAUACGUUACUUCAGUGUUUCUGUCGUUCUUGAUCGUCCUGACACUUGUAGGAAACAUGUAUGUCGUGGUCGCCAUUUUUAUCUAUAAACCACUGAGGAGCGUACAGAACUUCUUUGUUAUUUCCCUGUCUGUUGCCGACAUGGCUGUAGCUAUACUAGUCAUGCCAUUCCAUAUCUCUAACAUAUUAUUCAACGAAUGGAUUUACGGAUUUGCAUUUUGUGACCUGUGGCUGACUUUUGACAUUUUAUUGUGUACGGCGUCGAUUUUAAAUAUAUGUGUCAUUGCUUUGGAUCGCUAUUUUGCCAUACAUGACCCGUUGAACUAUGCCGCUAAAAGGACUAUAAAGCGUGUAUUGUUUAUGAUAGUGGCAGCCUGGGUCACGAGCGCCGCCAUUUCCGUGCCACCAUUAUUUGGAUGGAGUGAUAAAACACACGGUAGUUUGCUCGAUCCUGAAAGUGGAGAGUGUCAUCUGACAGAGGAAAAGGGUUUCGUCAUAUACUCAGCGUGUGGUUCAUUCUAUAUUCCACUUGCCAUAAUGUCCUUUGUUUAUCUGAAAAUAUUUUUGGCAACAAGGAAACGUCUCCGAGAAAGAGCGAAGGCGUCUGCUGCCACAAAACUCUCUUGCAUGUCUGGAACCCGACCUAGCCCAAAUAUCAGCAGUGAUCCCGCGUCCGAAGCAAGCAAUGAACAAGUUGUGAAAGAAAAUAAACACUUAAAGGCCAAGUCUAAAACAGUGACUGCGAGCGACCCUAGCGGAUCCUCUGGGGAAACUCGUGUGUACUUAGCCGUUAAUAACAACCAAGUAUCAGCUCAAAAAAUAUCCAGUUUCUUCGAACAAAAACAGCGGAUUUCCCUCUCCAAGGAACGGCGGGCAGCUCGGAUCCUUGGGUUCAUCAUGGGUGCAUUCAUUUUUUGUUGGCUUCCAUUUUUUCUGUAUUAUGUAAUCAUGCCCUUUUGUCCGAGCUGUAUGAAGGAUGGUACUGCCACCGUUGAAAUGUUUGUGGUGGUUCUCGGAUACGUCAACUCCAGUCUUAACCCAAUCAUAUACACAGUUUUCAAUAACGACUUCCAGAAGGCGUUCCAGUAUAUUUAUGUCAAUAAAUUAAGAUGUAAAAGUUCACGAUCGACAACAACGAUAAAGAUUAAUGGUCAAACAAUGGUAUAAAUUUCUGGGUGACUGUAAAUCCCUAGUGCGUUCAAAUAUAAGUUUUCAAAAUGAGAUGACAUUUGUGUUCUAUUGCAUCAAUCGUUUUUUACAAUCCUUUUUUUCCUGAAUGACUUAAGUAAUCAUUUUAAUUUGCAUUAGCAAUACAAUUGUUGUUAAGACCAUUUAAAUGUGCAUUCGUUAUUCACCUAUUUGUGCUAAUGGUUUGUAUUUCAUUUACUGGUAUCUUACAUCAGAUUUAGUCAAAUGUUAAUAAGCAUCAUUCAUUACUUUUUAUAAGUACAGCUUUCUUAUUAUUCUACGUGUUUAUAAGAACUCGACAAUGCUCCUAGAAUAUCCUCAUUUUAUAUAUUGAAACUGGAUAUUGUUCCCUGAAGUGUUCCUUUCUUGCUAAGAAGAACUCAACUCUGCCCUGUGACAUAUCUGUAUCCCUCCAUUGUUUAUGAGAACUCAACACUGCUUCUGGAUGACCCAUGAAUUGUUUAUAAAAAGUUGGCAUUGCCCCUCAAAGUCCCCCCCCUCUCCAUUGUUGUUGAGAAAUCGAUAUUGCCCGUUGUGUAGUAUCCAUAAAUUGUUUAUAAGAACUCGAGACUUUCCCUGAAGUAUCGCUUCGCUGUUUAAAAGAACUAGGUACUGCCGCCGAAAUAUCCCUUUUCUGUUAAAAGGAACAUAUUAAUCUAUUGUUUGUGAGACCUUGGUUAUAUCUUAUAUCCCAUUUGUUUAAAAGGUGUAUGGUCCUGACCCAUGUUUUUUAAUGCCAGUGUUUGUAUUUAAGGAAAAAGUAUAUCUCUGUGUCUUAUAUUUUUUUCUAAUUGUUAGUAUGUGUCAGUGUGUUUUUAAUAGUUAACAUCAUUAUGCAUAUGGUAAAAUAUCACUUUAAAAGCAUUAAUAUCAUUAGGCAGCCGCACACUGACAGACCUGUAUGACAUGAGAUGUCGACAAUAAUGGCCAAACACACAGCUUAUCCUUUUUCGCACUGAGCGCUAUGCAAGAUAUUUUUUAUGAAAUAUUAAGUAAAUGUGUUCAGCGUGAAUUUUUUCUCAAAUCUUUCCAUUCUACCAAUUAUCAUGUUGCAAACUUGCUUGAUCAUUGUCAACUUGUGCAUGAUUAUUAAUAUCAUUGUUAGCUUUAUGAUCAUAAACGAAAAUUGUCCCUACUUCUAUUGUUUUCAAUUGUACAUUUUAA